AUGAACCAUUUCAAGGGACCUUUGACCCCACUCGUAUUUGACCUCAACCGCCUGCAUGAAUCUCCCACCUCUUUCGCUGGCAGUAACCCCACCGGCGUUGUCAAAGGUCCCAACGAGAAUGGACGAGCUGGCCUCCUGAGGUAUCCGACAGGUCCCUCUCCUGGCGCCGGUGCCACCUGCUGCAGUAGCAGUAGCAGUCUCAGCCUCAGUAGUGGCAGUUGUGGCGCCAUUUUUGCAAACAGCGCUGCCUCUGUCAACAAUCCCCUCCUCCUGAAUGUGAACACUGCUGGCGGACCCAACCUCUCCUCCUCUUCAGCCAUUAGUGGAGGCAGCUCUUCAGCGGCUCGGCAUCCGGAUGUCUCUCCCUGCAUGCUGUCUCAGCUGAAGGAGGCUGACGUACCACCUACAGGUUAG